UCCGUGGCAAAUAAAACGUCAAUUUGACACUACACUUGACAACUCAGCUAGCCAGCUGGGUAGUUGCUCUCGAUAGUUUUUGUGCAAAAGUCACGAUAUUUCACUGAAAAAUGUCUACUGUCGAAGAAUUACAGAAAAAAGUGCAAGAAUUGGAGGCCAAACUAGCGGCCGUCCAAGGAAGCGCGGGCCCAGCGCGGCAGAAAAUAGAUGUUAUGUCGUCCGAAGUUGUGGAUUCUAAUCCCUACAGUCGUCUCAUGGCACUAAAGAGGAUGGGUAUAGUGGACAACUACGAGAAGAUCCGUGACCUGUCAGUGGCAGUAGUGGGUGUUGGUGGUGUCGGCAGUGUCACUGCGGAGAUGCUCACCCGUUGUGGGAUUGGGAAGCUAAUCCUCUUCGACUAUGACAAGGUAGAGCUGGCCAACAUGAACCGCCUCUUCUUCCAACCGCACCAAGCCGGGCUCAGCAAGGUGGCUGCAGCUGCUGCUACGCUGCAAAACAUCAACCCUGAUGUUGCUAUUGAUGCGUACAACUAUAAUAUCACAACUGUGGAGAAUUUUCAGAAAUUCUGCGAUGCUAUUAGCACUGGCAGUUUGACCGGCGGUCCGGUGGACCUGGUCCUGAGCUGCGUGGAUAACUUUGAGGCCCGAAUGGCCAUCAACACCGCCUGCAAUGAGCUUAACCAGAAGUGGUUUGAGAGCGGAGUCAGUGAGAAUGCUGUGUCGGGGCAUAUACAGUUCAUUGUGCCCGGAGUUACUGCUUGUUUUGCUUGUGCCCCUCCUCUAGUGGUGGCGUCUAAAAUCGACGAGCGUACGUUGAAACGCGAGGGCGUUUGUGCGGCCAGCUUGCCUACUACUAUGGGUAUCGUCGCCGGAUUCCUUGUACAAAACACGUUGAAGCAGCUACUAGGGUUUGGAACAGUGAGCCACUACCUGGGCUACAGUGCGCUGACAGACUUCUUCCCGAUGAUGAGCUUGAAGCCGAACACGCAGUGCGACGACAACCACUGCCGCACGCGACAGAUCGAGGCGCGCGCGCGGCCGCCGGUAGAGGUCGCUACUGAGGUCACCGAGGACGCCGCGCCCGUCCACGCUGACAACGAGUGGGGAAUCAGUUUGGUGGAUGAAAAUUGUCCCGAAGAAGAUACCUCCAAUUACAAAUUAGUUGAUGGUGUUCAGGUAGCGUACAGCGUCCCGGUGGACAGCAGCACGCCCGAGUCCAGCUCGGGCGGCGCCGUGGCCGCCUCCGAGCUCUCCCUCGAAGAGCUCAUGCAGCAAAUGAAGUCCAUCUAAACCUGCUCUACAUUAUGAUGAUUUGCAAGGCAAGCCACUUCAAGCAACCUCUAACAUGAAUAAUUGGAAAAUUGCUUGAGCGGGACCUUCUGACUGUAUAUGAAAAAACGGCCAAAAACAUGUUGGGCCGUGCUCGGUUUAGGGUUCCGUAUUUACCCGUCUAUCAAAAUAGACUCUGCAAAAACUCAAAAACUGCUCAUCCGACAUGUUCGCUAUAGUUUUCCUUGAAAGGUUUUACUUAUGUUUACUUUCACGAUUUAUUUUAUUAUUUUUUGGAUCCAUGGUUCAAAAGUUAAGGGGGGGGGGGGGAUACAAUUUGGUUCUUGAAGACCGAUUCGUUUAGCCCUAUCCAACUACAUUCCACACUAUAGCGUUGAACGGAAAAAAACAUCCUCACUUUUCGUGCAGGAGGACUAGUUGUGCCGUUGUCGAGAAUGUUCUCCGUUUUGUAUGGGGAAUGUUCUCGCGCGAGUAUUUCCCUUAGUAAAUGGAGAACAUUUUCGAGAUCGGCACAACCAGAUCUCCUGGAGACCUACUCUAAAAAAAAAAUCUUAUUUUUAGUUUACCAGUUUAUCGGCGUAACUGAUUUAUAUAUACAUACCAAUUUUCAGCUUUCUAGCACUAACCAUAAGUCCAUCAAAGAGCAAAGCCGCGGACGGACAGACAGACAGACAUAGCGAAACAUAAGGGUUCCUAGUUGACUAUGGAUCCCUAAUAAAAGAGAUACUCACUAAUAAAAUCUUAAAUAAAAUAAUAAAUUUUGAUUGUGGCGUGUACCGCCAACCGCAAGUACGUAACUGCUCAAAUAGCGCAAACCACUCUGUUAUAAUACUAAUAAUUAGAAACGGGAACUCCAGAUCGUCUAAAUAGUUAUAGGCCUUCGAACAUCUUUAUUUUCUGUCAUCAAAUCAUUCAAGGGGCCUGACUAGCGCCAUCCGCGUUGUACUUUUAGUUUUUUCAACAAUAAGGAUACCGUGAAAAGCUAAGAGAUAAUAUCAAACUACACUGAUUUAAACUUUUACGUAUUUACACAUUAUUAACUAACACAAACGGGACUUAAUCGCGUAUUAAGUUUUAAAUUUACCUCCGACGUUUCGAGGACGGCGUUGUUAGUGCUGUGUGUCGACAAAGUAACUUCCCUAGUGCGCAGAAUGUUCAAGUCAAUAAACAAGAUCAAGUGCGGGUAGUUCGAAAAACUCGCGCGGCUAGAUGUCGAUGUCAACUUUAGCCAGUCUUCUCCGAGACCACGGGGACAACGCCGUCCUCGAAACGUCGGAGGUAAAUUUAAAACUUAAUACGCGAUUAAGUCCCGUUUGUGUUAGUUAAUAAUUAUCAAACUAAUUGCAGCGAAACUUCCAAUAAUUAAUCGAUACGGGAGACGCAUUUUUUAGAUAUUGCACAACAAAAGUGACGUCAUCGUCACAAACGUAUACCUUGAAGAUUUUAUUUUUAUUGUUUAAAUAAAUAAGAUACGAAUGAAUGCUACUUUUUGGAGGCAGAAUUAUUAUUAUCAAUGAUACUUAUAAUUUAUUUUACAGUGUGAUCAAUAUUUUUUCCGUAAAACGGACGAAAAUGAAAAAUAUAGAUGCAAAAAAUUCACCAUUUAAACAAAAAUACUUUUGAAUUGUAUGCAUUUUUAAUUAGGGAUAUUCGCUAAAUUAUAAAAAAAAAAAUUAUAAUCUUUCAAUCACCCAACUUGUCAGAAAAAAGCGCGAAAUUCAAAUUGUCUAUGGAAGCUCAAUCCUUCGCGCCUACAUAUUUGAAAUUUGCUGCCUUUAUCUAUUGACAAAGUGGACGUGCCAGAGUAUAUGUCGCAUUCCAUACAAACAAAUAUCUUUAGUAUUAUUAAUGUGCUGUUGUAUAUGUAUUUUGUGAUUCUGCAUUUUAUAUUACUAAGAUUAUGAAAAUGUACGGUACAUAAGUUGUGAUUAUAUUUUAUUUGGAAAUUUUAUAAGAAUAUUGUUAUUAGUUGCUAAGCUACGAGAAAUAUCAAUGUUUAUAAGCAAAUUUUAUUAUUAAAUGUUUUCGGCGAGA